AAAGGUUGUGUACGCGGAUUCCACUUUUCGGGAACACACUGUUAUUGUCAGGUUAUUAAACGUGAGAGAAGAGACCGGCUCGAAGAAUUUCAGCUGGGGUUCAAGGAUCGAGUCUGUGCAGGGUUCAGACAGACAGACAGACAGUGUGUGAAGGUGAUGGCACAGUAUGUGGGUAUAGCAGCAACAGGAUGAGCGGUGGAGCCCUGGGUAUCGAGAUUGUGCUGGUCUUCUUCCUGCCACUAUUUCUCCUGCAUCGCUAUGGACACUUCCGCAAGCAACACCCACUGGUGCUGUUCGGGACCCUCCUGUCCUGGUAUCUCUGCUUCCUUAUCGUCUUCAUCCUUCCCCUGGAUGUCAGCACGACCAUAUAUAACCAGUGUAAGAUUGACAACGAGAAACCCAGGGCUCUGACCAGUUCAGACCCCUCUAAUCAGACAUCCAACUCCUCUGUCUUCCCUACAAGCACACCUAAAGUAUGUCACAAGCCAUGGAGCUAUAUUCCCGAUGGAAUUUUGCCAGUGUUCUGGCGCGUGGUCUACUGGACCUCUCAGUGUCUGACCUGGCUGUUGCUCCCCUUCAUGCAGUCCUAUGCAAGCUCUGGGUGCUUUUCUAUCCCCGGAAAGAUUAAGACGGCCCUUAUCGAGAACGCCAUCUACUAUGGCACCUACCUGGUCAUCUUUUGCUCCUUGCUUAUCUACUUGGCUGUCCAUCCCCAGUGGCAGCUGACCUGGCAGGGCCUGCAAACCAUUAGCAUCGCAGCAGCAAACACCUGGGGGCUUUUCCUCUUGGUGCUGUUGCUAGGUUAUGGCCUGGUGGAGAUCCCGUGCUUGUACUGGAACUCUUCUCGCCACGGUUACCUGUUGGCCAAGACCUACUUCAAGGUGGCCAAGCUGGCGACGGAAAAGUCAGACGCCGAGGAAAACAUGGAUGACGCCAUGGAGGAGGUGGCAAAUGUCAACGAAUCAAUCGGGUACGGUCACCCCCUAAGGAUCAGCAUUGACACUAUUUUGAGAAAGUGUCCCAUGGAAAUCCAGGAGAAAAUGGCGAGGCUGAACACGGAGGACAGUGAGAAUGAAAGCACACAGAGGACCUAUCCUUCCAAAAGGAGCCUAGUGAAGCUUCAUAAGCAAGUGAUCUGUGCUGGCCAGAGACACAGUCAAACCCAGGUCCAGUGGGCGAUCCUUCUGGAAGAGGCCUUCCAUUUAGAGGACGUGUGUAUGAAUGAGACCAGUACCUCCCAUCAGUUUGUCCAUAGUUUCCUCUCCUCCCAUCCACCCGGCUGGCUCGGCAAAUACCUGUACACUCCUACCAUAGAGUGGUACUGGGAGUGUGUGCUGCGACAGUGUUGCUAUCGGAUGCUGGCACUACUGCUGUCUCUACUCUCUGUGGCUGUGGUGUGGUCUGAAUGCACGUUUUUCAGCACACAUCCUGUCCUCUCUCUCUUCGCCAUCUUCAUCCAGUUAGCAGAGAGUGACUACAACUACUUGUACAUAGAGAUGGCGUGCUUUGUCACUAUUUUGUUCCUGUGUGUUUGUGUCUACUCUACCGUGUUCCGCAUCCGAGUCUUCAACUACUACUACCUGGUACCUCAUCAUCAGACAGACGCCUACAGCCUACUGUUCAGCGGAAUGUUGUUCUGUCGACUGACUCCUCCACUGUGUCUCAACUUCCUGGGUCUCAUCCACAUGGACGCCUCCAUUUCUCACCAGCAGAGAAUAGAGACAGCAUACACCACAAUCAUGGGCUCUAUGCGUCUCCUUUCCUUCAUAGCAGAUGGUUUCUACAUCUAUUACCCCAUGCUCAUUGUCCUCCUCUGCAUCGCUACCUACUGCAGCCUGGGUACCCGCUGUCUCAACCUCCUGGGGUUCCCACAGUAUAUUAGUCAGAGCGAUGACUUGACCUCUGAGCUGGUGGAAGAGGGCAGGGAGCUUAUCAGAAGAGAAAGAAGAAACCGACAGAGAAGCGAGGAUGCGGAGAGUCGGAAACGAGGAUGGAGAGAGCGCUAUGGAGAACAGCGAAAUGUGAGGAGGAGCAGAAAUGGUUAUUCCGAGUUAAAGGACAACGACUCUCCCUCAGACAACAGUGACACUGCCCAGUUGACGAGGAGAGAGAGCGGGGAUCACACUGGGUUACUUCAGGACGUGGACACCACAAGCCUAGAUCCUAGUGAUUCUCCCACCCAGAGGUACGCAGGAGGACGUUACCUCUCCCUGGCGUCCUCUCGGACACACAUUUUCAACAAUGUCUGAGAGGAGCCCCUGCUCAGAGGCUGUGGGACUGAACUGACCUUUCCUCAUUGCCCACACGGCUGCUAGAGUUCCAUGGAUAUUUUCUUCUUCUCUUUUGUCCUUUAGCCUGUUUGUCUGGAGAUAGAUAUUUAUUUAAUGCACAUUGGGAUCAUAAUGAAUAAGAUAACAUGGACCAGGGGGUCCUGAUCUGAGAUCAGCACUCCAACUGUGGUUCCAGUAGUGCCCCAAGAACAAAACAUUGUCUGACCUCAGAAACCACUGUGACUUUUAACCUUAGGAGAAAGGGAUGCAUUAGGGCCCCUGACCAAGUGCUUACCUUUUCUCCCCCUCCUUUGAUUUCCGUUUGUGUUUUUAGAACCCAUUCAUUCUGUAACGACGACUCAGUCAUUUUAUUUUACAUUUAUUUAACUAGGCAAGUUAGUAAAGAACAAAUUCUUAUUUUCAAUGACUGCCUAGUUCAAGGGCAGAAAGACAGAUUUUUACCUUGUCAGCUCGGGGAUUUUGGUUACUAGUCCACCGCUCUAACCACUAGGCUAUGCUGCCACCCAUCUCACAAUGCCUCUUCUUUGCCAGGGUAUGUAUGAGUUUUUAGGGUACAAUGAUAAAACAUGUCUUCUUUCUAGGAGAUUUUCCUGUGCCUUGAUUUUUCUGAAGUCAUAAUGGAUGUGCACCCGAGUUUUGCUCCAUUCUAAAUGGUUUUAUUUCCAUAAAUGCUGUAUAUUUAAAUAUCGAUGUCCUUUUAUAGAUGUACUGUCUUUUUUUUAAUCAACAAGUACUGACUGCACUGUCGUUUUUUUUAAUGAAUAAUAA